AGACCUCUUCACUCCACUGGCCCCCAGUAAACCCAUCACGCCAUAUGGUCCUUACAUAUACUGACUUCAUGGCAUUCCAGCACAUGGUGGCAUGUUCAUACCCCACACCCAUGUACCCCUUCUUACAGCACUCUCUCCAGCUCCAGAUGCCCUCAUCUCUAGUGGGAUACACAGGGCUGCUUCAUCCUCAUCAACAUCUUCUUCGUCCUAGGCCUUUGGCUCUUGAUAGACCACUUGUCCCAGAGGUCAAACAGAAGACUGACCUCAUCAGUGCAGUGCUGCCAGGAGCGGCGUCACAGGAGAGAGAAAGGAAGUCAAAAGUGCAGUCAGAUAAGGAGAGCCACUGUAGACACUGCAGUAAGCCAAUGGUAGAAAACUCCUGGAGACAGAGCAGCAGGUCAGCAUCCACAGGAUUAGAGGAGCUUCUUCAUGAGUGUAAGUUCUGUCAGAGGGAUAUGAGAGAGAAGCGUUCGCUGCGCUCACUAAGAAGGGGCCAUGGAGGAGAGAAACCCUACCAGUGCAAACACUGCAACAAGAGAUUCAGCCUGAAACACCAGCUAGAUACACAUCUCAGGGUUCAUACAGGUGAGAAGCCAUUUGAAUGUCGGCUGUGUGGUCAGCGGUCACGUGACUACUCUGCUAUGAUCAAGCACCUUCGUACUCAUGGGGGUGCCACACCAUAUCAGUGCACAUUGUGUUUAGAGUUCUGCAGUAGCCUGGUCACCAUGCAGAAACACCUGAAGAGUCAUCCAAGUCAAGAAUUUCCCCCUAACUGGAGCCUGAGCAGCACCUACCUCUACACCUGCCAUACAUAAGAGCUGGAACAUUCUGACCAGCCAAACUCUCUCUGUGUCCAGGAUCAAAGAUAAAGAAAUA